GGUAACGGUUUUCACAUUCGUGCAGAAAAAGGUACGCCUAAGCAGAUAUUGCUCUGAACUACAAUAUGGAAAUCGAAUUGGACAACCAACUUCGGCUGGGAAGAGGUGAUUUUGGUUCAGUGUUUUCAGGAACGUUUCAAGGCCGUAAAGUGGCAAUCAGAAGAAUUGAGCUGAUUGACGCUAGUGAUAAUGAGGUAGAAGCGCUGAAACAGUUAGAUCACCCCAACAUCAUCAAACUAUUCCGCGUCGAGCGCAACAAUGAUUUCAAGUUCAUUGCUUUGGAGCUCUGCGAAGCAUCAUUAGAUAAGAUAUUUCUAUUGCCCAAUCAUCCUAAAAAAUACAAAGGGCCUAAAUUGCCCUCCCAUUUUGAAGUUUUCUUACAACUGGCUUCGGGUCUCGAGUACAUACAUUCCAAGAAAUUAAUUCAUGGAGAUAUUAAACCGGAACAUGUACUCAUCUCAGUCGAUUCCACUAGCCAAGACAUUAAGGUAACAGUGAAAUGGGCUGGUUUUGGUCUGUCCAGGACAGUAGAUGAACGAGAGAUGUACACGAUGGAUAGUGGAGGAAAAGGAACACGACACUGGUACGCCCCCGAAUUGUUGUUGAAACUACUUUUUGGUUCAUCGGACACGAUGCAGCAGAUAACAGGUACCGUCAAAAGCGACAUGUUUGCACUAGGUCUCGUCUUCGCCUAUCUUCUGUUAGACGGGAAGCACAUUUACGGUUCUAACGAGAUUGAAAUUAUUAACAACAUCUUGGGGGGCAAAAAGGUCAACAUGAAUAAAAUAGAACAGUCGCACUACGCAUAUGGUCUUGUUACCGAAAUGUUGAAAAACAAACCUGAGGAUCGUAUUUCUUCAUUAAAUAUCGUUGAACGACUAAAAGCAAUACGAGUUGAGGUAACAAUUUUAAAUUACAGGAAAAGAAAUGGAAAUGUUUACACUCUGUAA